GGCGGAUUUUCAAAAAUCUUGUUUUCGCCUGCCGUCCGAACAAAAUCAAAAAUUGUUUCUCGGAUAGUGUGCAGGAUGGCUUCUUCUCCUUCGAAGCAAGAAAAGUGUCUGUACUGCAAACUAGCGGAAUCCGAUGACAUCGAUUGGGUUCAAUGCGAAGAAUGUCAGUAUUGGGCUCAUUUCUCGUGCGCAGGUGUUAACCAAGAAGUGGCGAACGUUAGUUGGCGUUGUCCGCGAUGCUCUCCGCAAAGCGCCCGGCGUCUUAAAGUUCCAGAGACUACGGCUAAGAAUCGCGGGAAGAAGUCCGCCCCGAAUAGCGAUGCAGGGUCCGAUCGUGGAGCUGGUUCCGUCUUAGACCUGACUGAGCAGCAGUUGGAAGAGGAACAGCUAGCAAUGGAGAUGGCCUUUGCAAAGCAGAUCGAGUUGCGGAAACAGCGUCUUGCUAAGCAGCAGGCUUGGAACGAGAGGCGGAUGAAGCUAGAGUGGGAGAUGCGCGAGCAGGAGCUACGAGCGCAGCGUGAAAUGGAGCAGCGGCAGCUAGAGCAUGAGCAGAAAAUGCUUGACUGCCAAUUGGCCGCAGAACGUGAAUUCUCGAAGAAGCGGGAUGCUAUUCGGAAACAGUUCGACGACAGCAUUAAUAAGGUCAACGCAUUGAAGGGCCAAUAUGGAGCUGUCAGCGGUGCUUCUGCCUCCAAACCGGAACAGAAGGUGGAUGACUGGAUGCUGGAUUAUCGCGGAGCAUAUCCAAAGCCAGGAUAUCUGCAGACGGAAGAUAAACUCGCGUGUCCGAAGAAGGUGCCGUUAGAUAAGUCGUUCACCAUCGAAGCCGGCCAAUUCGAGCGAAGUAACGAAGAUGUGAGUGAUGGUGAAGUUUCGGAGGUCCCGCCGAGUAGAUGCAGUCGAAGCAGCUUUCAAAGGUGCGGAGAUGGAAACGGGUCGGGGUGUAUCGUGGGUCGUAUUACAAGAGAUCAGCUAGCUGCUCGCAAAGCGGUCUCUCAGAACCUUCCCAAAUUUAAAGGGGAAGCAGAAGUUUGGCCGUUGUUUAUCAGCAGUUUCGAGUACACAACUGCAGCUUGCGGAUUCUCAAACCUCGAGAAUUUGAAGCGUUUGCAGGACUGUCUACAGGGUGACGCACUUGAGGCGGUCAGGAGUCGGCUAGUGCUACCGGACUCUGUUCCGGAUGUGAUCAGGGAUCUUCGAAAUCUGUUCGGAAAACCGGAGAAGCUGCUCAGAACGUUGCUGUCGAAGGUGAGGAACGCGCCGUCACCGAGAGCUGAUCGAUUGGAGACGUUCAUCAGCUUCGGGAUAACGGUGAAGCAGUUAUGCGACCACCUUGAAGCGUCAGGACUUUGUGACCACCUAAACAAUCCGAUGCUGGUGCAGGAGUUAGUUGACAAGUUGCCACCGAGCUACAAACUGGAUUGGGUCCGGUAUAAGCGAGGGAAGGUGGACAGUCCGUUGCGAAUGUUCACGAACUUCACAAAUGACAUCGUUUCGGAUGUGUCGGAGGUGACGGAGUUCUCGACAUUGUCGCUAAGCGAGCGCGAGCCUUCGCGAAUGGGGAAAGGAAAUUCCCGAAAGAAGGAGUUUGUACAUCUCCAUGACGCGGACCAGGUUUCUGAUGAAAUUCAAAGAGAGACAGUAACUAAGCCGUGCUGGAUCUGUAAACGAACGGAUCAUCUCAUCAGGUGCUGUGAGGAGUUUAAGCGGAUGAACAUUGCCGCCAGGUUGAGAGAAGUUGAGCGACAAAACCUGUGUGGUCUUUGUUUGAACAAGCACGGAAACAGCAGAUGCACCUCGAAGAUUCGAUGCUUCAUGCAAAAUUGUCGUGGAGGCCAUCAUCCACUUUUGCAUCGAGUGGAGGAAUCGGUGCGGCUGCAGAAGGUAGAAUGCAAUGCUACCGAAAAGGCAGAUAGUGCGGUUAUUUUCCGUAUGAUGCCGGUGACGCUUUACGUGGGCAAACGACAGUUCGAUACUACUGCGUUCUUCGACGAAGGGUCGUCGGCUACGUUGGUAGAUGAUCUGGUGGCCAGGCGGCUGAAAGCAGAAGGUACUCUAGAGCCGUUGAUAGUGACGUGGACGGGCAAUAUCAACCGCUUUGAGAACGAUUCGAGGAAGGUCGAACUGAUGAUGUCGGCGAAGGGUUCGAAGGAGAAGUUUCCGCUGUUCAACACUCGAACGGUAUCAGAGUUGGUGCUGCCGAAGCAGAACGUGCGAUUCGCAGAUGUGGUAAAAAAAUAUUCCCAUCUUUCAGGCGUUCCGGUGAGAGAUUACCCAUCGGGAAAGCCGAGAAUCCUACUCGGGCUAGACAACGUCCACUUAUUUGCGCCGUUGGAGUCGCGGGUCGGUAAGCCAAACGAGCCGAUUGCCGUGCGGUCGAAGAUUGGCUGGACAGUGUAUGGUUCGGAGAACCGAAGACCGAGUGCGUACACCUACCUGAAUCUGCACUCGAUCGUUCCAGCAAGCAAUCAAGGUCUCCAUGACAUGAUGCGAGAGCAAUACAUGCUAGAUGAGACAGCGAUUGCGACGUUCGCUGUACCGGAGCCCGUGGAGGAGAAAAGAGCUCGAGAGAUGCUUGAGACAACGACGAAGCGAGUGGGUGAUCGCUUCGAAACGGGGUUGCUGUGGCGUGAGGACGCACGACGAUUCCCUGACAGCUAUCCGAUGGCUGUACGCCGGAUGAAGGCUCUGGACCGUAAGCUGAACAGGAAUUCAGACUUGAAGAAAAACGUGUGCCAGCAGAUCGAGGACUAUCAAGUCAAACACUACGCGCACAAGGCGAGUGAAGCCGAACUGAAGGGUACGCCACAAACCGCUGUGUGGUAUCUACCGCUGAACGUCGUAGUGAAUCCGAAGAAGCCGAGUAAGGUGCGCUUGGUUUGGGAUGCUGCAGCAUCAGUGAACGGAGUCUCUCUUAACUCAGAGUUACUCAAAGGUCCGGAUAUGCUAGUUCCGCUUCCCAGAGUAAUCUGCAAUUUUCGGGAACGGCCAGUAGCAUUCGGUGGUGACAUUCAAGAAAUGUACCAUCAGAUCCGGAUCAGACCUGAGGAUAGGCAAGCGCAACGGUUUUUGUUCCGAGCGAACAGUGAGGAAGCUCCGCAGGUGUACGUUAUGGACGUUGCCACCUUUGGUUCCACGUGUUCGCCCUGCUCAGCUCAAUUUGUGAAGAACUUGAAUGCAGCAGAUUUCUCGGAGAAGUACCCUGAAGCAGUAGAAGCCAUCGUGAAGCGUCACUACGUAGAUGACUACUACGACAGCGUGGAUACUAUCGAAGAAGCGAUCCAGCGAGCCAGCGAGGUGAGGUACAUCCAUUCGUGUGGAGGAUUUCGGAUCAGAAACUGGUGAUGAGUCGAGCGAAGGUAGCACCGUUGAAGCAGCUGUCGAUUCCGCGGCUAGAACUCCUGGCAGCGGUUCUUGCGGCAAGGCUGGCACGAACGAUCGAGCAG